AGCACGAAGGGCUCUUAUUGUGAAAAAGAGACUCUUCGAAUGACUGCUCCCCCCUUCCCAGCCUCGCCUCUCCCCUCCCCACGGGGAGGUGGGUCUGCGCUGCUGCACAGUUUGAAAACUCGCAGCUGAAGUUUGGAGCGUGUCCUCCUUCCCCGCCAGCGCCCAGCCAGCAACCGUCCAGCGGCGGGAGACGGGCAGCAGGGGCCGAGCGGGCGGGUGUGGGGCCGCCCGCCCGCCCCGCACCCCCCCGCAAAGCUUGCCAGCGAGGCCGGGCGAGCGAGGAGAUCCCUCGGGAGCAAGGACCCGGCGAGGGCGGGCUGCGGGAGCCCGGGCUGCGUGUGGCGCGGCGGUGCGGAUGGUAACCCCGGCGUGACAACAUCUGGCUGCAAUUAACAGCAGAGCGAGAGGAGGCGCCUUGAUUAGUCGCUGAAGGAUUUUUAGCUUUUUUUCUUUUUUUUAAUAAGGGGUUUUGGUUUUGUGUCGGAGCCCCGCAGGUGGCUCCUGCCAGCGAGCCACGGGGCUUGGUGCCGGUGAGAGGAGAGGACCGCGUGCCGCGUCCUCCACUGGAGACGGAUGAAGCAAGUGGCUGAAGGACAAGAGGAGGCGCGCUCCGGCUGGCACGGCCAGGCAUGGCCCAGCGACCAUGGCGAAGGACGGGGCUGAAACACCCGCCAGCGGCUGCAUGCGCCUUCCUGCUGGCCCUGGCCCUGCUGGCGCUCACCCGCCUGCCCCCGCUGCUUCCCAGCGGUGAUGGGGAGGUCCCCUCCCCGGCGGGGACAUUGCCCCAGCCCCGGCCCAGGCCCCGGUGGGAUACGGGGGCCCCCCAGCUGGGGGGCUUUGCUCACGGCCAGGAGCCCCCCUGGCCCCACGGCAGCCCAGGGAUGGAGGAGCAGAGCAGCCGGCGUGGGCCAAACCGCCAGCUGCCCCGUGGGAGGAGGCAGCACAGCGCUGCGGGAGCUGCAGAGGCUUCCGUCGAGCAGCUGCGCGGGAAUAUCCCCCUUCUUGCUGAGGUGGAAGAGGAGCAUCACAGCCACGUCCGCCGGCGGGAUGUAGAGGACGGCGCUCCCCUCCGUGGCCCCCAGCAGCAGCUGGCAGCCCCUUCCUUCUCCCCCUCGCUUCCCAGGAAGAAAGGAUGCUCGCGGGGCGGCAAGCUGGCGGUUGGCAGCCCCCUUACGAACGCUUCUGCACCCUGUGGCCAGCGCAAACCUGACGUCCAGCCUGGGCCACCACCUUCCCGUCCGCCCAGAGCCUUUCUCCUGGGCGCGGCCGACGGACCACCCGGGAGAGACUCCCCUGGCAGCCGGAGGCGGGCGGCCGGGCCCUCCUCGCGCCCUCCGAGGCUGCACUUGGGAAAAGGGUUACGGACCCCGGGAAGGUGUCCAGAGACGCCGGGCCAUUCCCCUGGCGCCCCGCAGGAGGGUAGUCUGCGGUUUGGAGAGAAGAUCCCGCCUUGGUUUUCUGCCGAUGAUGUGCAGAAGAUGAAACUGCUGGCGAAUGGCGAGGUGGUGGCCAAAACCAGAAUCCCAGCCCACGGCCAAAUACUGCGGGUCAGCCUUCAGGCUGCCCCGGGCACUUUCGGGGCUGACCGGGAAGGAGACUGCCUCGACGGGCUCUGUGGCCUGAUCAAACGGCCCGGCGACCUCUACGAAGUCCUGGCUUUCCACCUGGACAGAGUCCUGCGGCUGAACAGGAGCCUGCCCGCCGUGGCCCGCCGCUUCGACAGCCACCUCCUGCCUUACAGAUACACCGACGGUGCGCCGCGGCCUGUCAUCUGGUGGGCGCCAGAUGUGCAGCACCUGGAAGAUGCCGACAACGACCAGAACUCCUUCGCGCUGGGCUGGGUGCAGUACCAAGCCCUGCUGCGGCAGCGCUGCGGUGCGGCGGGUUCCUCCGUGGCGGUGGUGGAGCGAGCGCCUUGCCUCAGCGUUGAGCACGCCGAGUGGAGCCGGCUGGCACUCUUCGAUUUUCUCCUCCAGGAUGAAUAUACAACCCCUUUUUUUCCUCCCAGCGCCUUUCAGAGCUGUUUGCUGACAGAUGAGGAAUGCAGAAAACUCAGGACUUAAUCCAAAUUCUGUUUUAAUGGCUAUAGGAUUUUCUGCCCUUCAGGCUCCUGGAUGAGCUCUGUCUCCCUUGGUUCGGACCUGCUCUCUGAGCCUUGGCGACUCGCCACCCAGGCUAGGCUCGCAUGGCUUUCUCCCCAGCUCCCAUGUCUUUUCAAUGAUGCAAGAGUUAGCCAGACUUUUUGGUGUCUUAUUUGGGAACUCUAGUAAUCAUAAAUGAUGUCUACUGAAUGCUUUCCUGUCAGCUCUGUACAAGUAAAAGCCUAGUCCUUCCCUUCUUUCUCUUCACACCUGGCAGAAAGACAAAAACAAAUGUCUGGAGUUUCAUUACCUUUUUGACCCCCUAACUGCUUCACAGGUUCAGUCCUCAGUCUUCAGGAUUUAAUGGUCCUGGUGGGUCCAAUUGCAUCCUCAGUAUGGCAGUCUCUACUUUAUGUGGUUUUGUAUUGUAAUUUCCAGUGUUUCCUUUCCACAGGAAGUUGGGAGAAGUAGCUCUUGGCACGGGAAGAACUGGUGCCGGUCCUGGUUAGCCCCUGGGACCUUGGCUCAGGGCUUUCUUUUCCGUAUCCAUAGGAUAUUGCCCUAUUUCACUACAUGAAGAAGGGCUUAAAUCAGUGAUGAUUAUAAUGGGCUUUGAGCUCAUUGGUUGGAAGAUGGUAUGCCACAUAUCUUUUUUUUGUGGCAGUAAGAUCUAUUGUACCAUUCAUUAAAGCCAUUUCAGCUCUGAUGAGUGUAAAUGAAUAUAAAUGGCACAGGGAGAGUCAAGGGGAGGAAGAGCUAGUCAGCACAUCAGAGAUGCUCUCAACACCUCAACAAUUAGGUAAUUAGUCUUCUGGGGACUCAUCUUGGACACCAGACUCAGCCUCCGCCUUAUACCUCUGCUGAUCUAACAUGCAGCUUUUUUGGUUUCCUCAAAACAGCCCCACAGCAGUGGAUGAACAUUCACAUCCCAGUGGGAUGCAGUCAUUGCAUAUCCAGCUGGGCACACACAGUGGCUGGCACAUGAACCAGCCAGGGCAGAGUGGUUGUUUUUUAAUGGACACACUGUCAAUGUGGGGCUCCACCUUCAGGAAAGGAGAGGAAGGGGCAAAAAAGCGGCCUACGUGUGUGGUUAUGUAAACGUAAAGUAAUGGAAGCAGGGAAUCAUUUCUGGAGCACAUGUGGCUAGGCACUGAGCUUGCGCCUGUGUUUCCAGAAGCCUGAGCCAGCCUGCUGCUAAGUUAACAGUUUUUAUAGUUAAUAAAGGAAUUGUUUCCCUUACCUCUCUGAGACGGGAGAGUGGAAGCUCGCUCAAGGCACUGGGUCAGGCUCUGCAGCUGACGCCUGCAAUGCCCUGCUCUGUGCCGACUGAGCUCCGUCUAUUUCCUACUGGCGCAGUUCUGUGAUGCCCUUCAGCCAGCUAUUCCCUGCCUCCCGUUGGCAUGAGCGUUGUCAAGUGUCGAAGUGGUGCUAUGGAAGUCUUGACUUAUUACCAUAUCCAUAUCACCAUUAUCACAACAUCUCCUUCCCCUGCACAGUGUUUCAGGCUGCGGUUCAGGGUCUUCAGAUGUCCACAGCCUUGUGUUUUUUGCAGAAAGGGGUUAGGCUAUUUCACUGGGAACUGGGGCCAAAAGGUGGAGACCCACAACAACAUCCCAUAACAGCCGUAGGUUUCUGCACAGUCCCUCCGUGAAUAUGGAGAAUUUCCAUCUUCCUGCUGCAUGAGUACAUAUGAGGUGUCCAUAAAUCAUCUCAGAUUUUCUUUAUGCUCUGUACAGUCUGUUAAUUCUGCUACGAUGGAAAACAACAUAGUGAGUGAGAGAAACUGGUGUGCUGAGCUUUCCUAUACCAAGAUGAAGGAAAUGCAUGGAAGAAAUGUGAUGUUUUCCUUCAUUUCAAUGUUUUUUUCCUGUCAAAAGAAGCUAGUACUUUAACUGUUGGGUCUACCAGAGGAGAAAUAGUGACUUGAGUGCUUCAUUAUACAUCAGGAAAUACAGAAAUUUGUUAAGGAAUUUUGGUGGGGGACUAGUAUUGCUUCUGAAAGAGUUGCGAAUAUAAUGGGUAGGGAAUUCAAACUUUGUGUUUCCUGCUCCAUCAUCUUCCCCAGUGCUUGAUUAGUGUUUGGGGUUCAGCCUGAACUCUCUCGCAAAACACAACCCUGCUAUAAUUGGUAAAUUCUGCUAAUUAUUAGGAUGAGAUGAAUAGGAGGCCUCUGUGAGUUGGUUGGUUCCUGUCCAUUCAUCACCUGUAGAUCACCCCAGGCUCACUUGAGACUUGCUCCAGCCCUACCAAGCGGUGCAGGAGCCUCUGUGCAGCCCGAACCCCAGUUCCUGGGUCUGCAAUAAUAACAAAAGAAUCCAAAGCAAGAGCGUGAGCCAUACACCUUUGCGCUGCAACUGGGCAGCUGGACAGCCUCACUCAAAAUUGGCCAAGGUCUCUCCCUCCUGGGGAGCUUGCCUCAUAUAUAUGUGUAUAUAUAUAUAUUUUUUUCUUCAAUGGUCCAAACAGGCUGUCAGAGCUGUAGGCGGUGAGUCCACACCCCAUACCUAGCCAUGGCAGCUCUCACACACAGCCAUGGUGAAGGGUGUCCAACAGAGGAGAGCUGCCCAUCUGCCCCAGAGGCCAACAGAGAAGAUCCAGCGACUUCUUCUGACAAAGCUAAUGAAGCUUAAUGGCUAUCAAGGCAGGGUCAUUAAAGAUGGGUCUUAAUGAGCCUUGUUUUAAAGUGGGCUCCCCUUCUUUCCCCCAAGGGCAUGGGUGGAAGUGCUGUGCAAGGGGGCUGGAGCCAGCAGGUGCACGGUAUGGACAGGGGCAAGGGAGGCUCUGCUCUGGCAUCAGCAGGUGCAAAGACCUGCAUGAGCAGUCCCGUUCAUUUUUUAGCCAGCAACAGUGGUAAGAUUAACAGUGGUGCAAAGCGGGAUACCGGAACCAGAGGACUUUUUCCAGCAACACAUGCCACAAGGCUGAGAUGCCACCAGCAAAUGUUCAAAGCAGGGCUUGGUUGGCAGUAGUUCUCCCCAGUGCUCCUGUCAGAGGUUGUCUCGCUUCCCAAGCAGCCAACUACCUCCACUGGGUGUUGCUCUGAAACACCUGAGCUCAGGCUCACGUUUCCUGGAAAUCCAUAACAAUCUCUGGGAUGAACCUUUCCCUCCCUCUUCCACAGGUCUCCACAGGGGAAGAGGCAGCCCUUAGGCUUUGGAUAUCAACGUCGAAUAUAUUAAUUACUGCUGGAUGUCUCUGUCUCAUGUGCCUUCUGUCAGCAAAUGCCUGUAUUGCUAGCGCUGUAUCGCUAGGGUUGUUCCUAGCAGGGUUGCUGAUAACUCUGGGUCUGAAAGCAGGCAGAAUAAUCUAAAUCACACCCUUGCAUUCGGUAAAUUCAAAUAUUUUCAAAUUCAAGAGUCACUGGCAACGGCUGGUGCACGGGAAGGAGCAGGGACAGGCAGGCGGUGCCAUCCCCCACCUGAAUAACACCUGAAAUACAGAGCGCUUCCAACAGCACCAGCAGUUCUGCAGGUCUUUGGCAUGGGAUGGGGGCAGCACUUGCAUUUUGCUUGACAGCCUCAGCAACAAGGAGGUUUAACAGUGCCUGCAAAUAAUUAAGUGCAGAUGUCUUAAAACAAGUUAUCCUGGCCCAACUUAAGCAUUGUGCUUGCUCUGUAUAAAGCAUAAAUUGCUUUUUCUCUAACUGAUCCUUUUCCACUCUUCUUUUUAUUAAGAACUGUUAGAUUACUGGUAAGGAUGGAUGAAACAGCAUACAGGAGAAGGGAGCCAGCUGAAACCAUCAUCUGGUGAACCAAGACUCAGCCUGAGAAAUAUCUCUUUUUGUGGUUUCAAAAACUAGAUUCUCUUGUUUUUCUUUUUCUUUCUUUUCUUUUCUUUUCUUUUCUUUUCUUUUCUUUUCUUUUCUUUUCUUUUCUUUUCUUUUCUUUUCUUUUCUUUUCUUUUCUUUUCUCUUCUCUUCUCUUCUCUUCUCUUCUCUUCUCUUCUCCUCUUCUCUUCUUUUCUUUUCUUUUCUUUUUCUUUUCUUUUUCUUUUUCUUCUUUUUCUUUUUCUUUUUCUUUUUCUUUUUCUUUUUUGCAUUCACUGCGGUGUACUUCACCUCUUGGUUUCAGCUGGAAGCAUGAUCAAUCUAUACAAAUAUCAAGUGCAGAAAUACCGCGAGCAGCAGGUGUCUGAACCGUAGCAGGAAAGCCUGUCACUGUGAUCUUUGCAAGUCUUUUCUCUAAGCCAGAGUGCUUUUGAAAAUCAGCUAAGCUUCUGAAUGUUUCCCUGCCCCUCACUCACUCACUGAUAGAAGCAGCUUUUCAUUAAAGGACUAGUGAGAUUUCUUAGAAA